AUUAUCACCGCUCACACUGUCACUUCUCCACUCAUGGACUCACUUGCGGUCACUUCUGGGAAUUGCACUUGUCUUGUUGAGACUGGAAGAUCUGGACCAUUAGUAUUUGACUCAGAAAGCUCCUGAUGAGUUAACCCGGAAUGGAAACAUAAAGAAUUACUGCAGACGUGAGACAUUUUUUUCCCUAGGAUAAUGGAAAAGCCCCAUGAUCCAGAUGACAACUUCAAGCUGGAUAAGGGCACAGCCGAACCUGAACCCAGCACCCAUACGAGAGGACAGUGGUCUAGCAAAAUUGAGUUCCUCUUGGCUGUUGCUGGGCAGAUCAUAGGGCUGGGAAAUGUGUGGCGGUUUCCUUACCUAUGCUACAAAAAUGGAGGAGGGGUGUUCUUCAUCCCGUAUAUACUCUUCCUCUUCGCCUGCGGCAUACCCUUGUUUCUGCUGGAGACGUCUCUUGGCCAGUACACGAAGCAGGGAGGGAUUACCUGCUGGAAGAAAAUUUGCCCCCUUUUUGAAGGCCUUGGUUAUUGCAGUGAAGUGGUUGUUUUAUACUCCAGCAUUUAUUACAUUAUCAUAUUAGCCUGGGCAUUCCUAUAUCUCUUCUCCUCUUUCAAUUCUGAGCUUCCCUGGGCAAGCUGCAAAAACAGCUGGAACACUGAAACCUGUGUGGAAUUUGACAGAAAGGCUGAUUAUUUCAACAUGACUGUACAUGAAAAUGCAACUUCACCAGUGAGAGAGUUUUGGGAGCGAAGAGUUUUGAAUAUAACUGGAAGCAUCAAUGAGUUGGGCAAUAUUCGAUGGGAGUUGGCUUUGUGCCUUUUGUUGUCCUGGAUCAUCUGUUACUUUUGUGUGUGGAAAGGUGUCAAGUCUACUGGGAAGGUAGUUUAUUUUACUGCCACAUUUCCAUAUGUGAUGCUGGUGGUGUUGCUUGUUCGUGGACUCACGUUGCCUGGGGCCAUAGAUGGGAUCAAGUUUUACCUGUACCCAGAUCCAUCCCGUCUCGCUGAUCCCCAGGUGUGGAUGGAUGCUGGCACACAAAUAUUUUAUUCCUAUGCUAUUUGCAUUGGGUGUCUAAUUGCACUUGGCAGCUAUAAUAAGUACAACAAUGACUGCUACAAGGAUUGUGUGUAUUUGUGCCUUCUGAACAGUGGGACCAGCUUUGUUGCUGGCUUUGCCAUAUUCUCUGCACUUGGAUUCAUGGCAUAUGAGCAGAACACAGAUAUAUCCAAAGUGGCAGAGUCAGGUCCUGGCUUGGCAUUCAUUGCCUAUCCUCGAGCCGUCGCCAUGAUGCCUUUUCCUCAGAUCUGGGCAGUAUUUUUUUUCGUUAUGAUCAUCUUGCUGGGGCUGGACAGUGAGUUUGUGGGUUUGGAAGCUCUCACAACAGCCAUUUCCGACAUGAAUCCAGCCUUCUUCCAUGUCGGCCACCGACGUAAACUCUUGCUGCUUGCUGUCAGUGUUGUCAGUUUCCUCAUCGGCCUUGUGAUGGUUACAGAGGGUGGACUAUACAUCUUCCAGGUGUUUGACUACUAUGCCUGCAGUGGAAUGACUUUACUUCUCAUUGCCGUACUGCAGUCUGUAGGUGUUGGAUGGGUAUAUGGUGCAGACCGAUUUUAUGACAACUUAGAGGACAUGAUUGGAUACAAGCCUUUACCCCUAAUAAAGUACUGUUUGAAAUAUGUCACUCCAGUAAUUUGCACGGGAACGUUUAUUUUCUCCUUGGUCAAAUACACUCCACUGAAGUUCAACAACACACUAGAGUAUCCAUGGUGGGGUUAUGCUCUAGGCUGGUGGUUUACACUCUCCUCUACGCUCAUGGUUCCCUUCUGGAUGCUGUACAAUCUGAGCACCACUCCUGGUACACUGCGACAGAGGUUCUCCAUCUUAUGUACUCCAGCCGAAGACCUCCCUCUGACCAAAUCAGAGAAAAAGGCUCUUGAACUGCUUAACUUGCCAUCAUCCUUCGAUAACACAGUGUUCUAGAAUAAACAUGAAAAGUGAAGCAAACUCAGAUGCAUUUAACAAUUAACACAGUUAUAAGGAAAAUCUAACAUUAAAUCCAGUGGCUCAAUCCUCUGUAGCGCUGCAUCAUUCCAGUCUGUUUGGAAUUUAACCCCUUAAAACACUGAUAUUUAUUUUGUGUCCCCAUCUAACGGGCUAGAUAAACCAGUGAGAUGAAUUCAACCAAAAACUACAACCUGAAUGAAUUCACACAAACAAGAGGUGAUUGUAAAAAAAACUGCGUAAAGACAGUCUGAGCACAAAUGUGUAGUUUCCCUGAGUUUGGGAUGGCAUCUCCAUCAUCUGAUUUACAGUCCAAAACCAGAAGAGGAAACCACAGAAACGUCAGAAAUAAGAAUAUGGAACCAGAGAGGAUGUGGAGUUUUGCUUAAAGAAAAUGGUUUAGGCCAUGAUUUCAUUUUCUAUAUUAUUGCUUCUGACGAUUGUCUUGUUCAUGUUUGUUCUGAUAACCCAUCUCUACAGCAAGGACUAGUUCUGAAAUUUCUCUUGUGGCCAUUUGCACUGAGCAUAUUAUUUGACAUUUUAAAUUGCUCCUCAUCCAAAGUUCAUUAGUAAGAUGCAUAUUUUUUUCAGGUUUACCUUCAUCUGAGUAUAUUGAGCUAUCUGCUUUCACUGUGUCUGAUUACAAAGCUCUUUUUUAAACCCCACCUAUUCGUACAUCUUUAUGAUUCUAGCACUGUUGUUAAUCACAAUUUAUAUCAGAGCUAUUAGUGGAAUACUUAACAUGAUAUUCAUGUGAUGAAUCGCUGGGAAAUUUGUCAUGUGGUGAAAAAAUUUACGUGCCUUUAGCAUACGGUAGACUGUUUCUGAUGCCAUAGUUGGAGAAGGGAGAGAAGUUGAUGCCUGAUUAAUUCUGUCACAUUAAAAUGUUGCAUUUACAAUCAUGGAGAAAAAUAAUGGUGUAUUUAUUAUGAAAAUCCUUCUUCUUUUAAAUAAAAGACAGCACAGGGUAUUUACACCUGCACAAAUGUGCCUCAUGUUUAAAUCAAAGUCUUUUUGGGACUAUUGCCUGUUAUGGUUUUAAGCAACACCAUUUUGCAAACACUCAUCCUUUUGUAAUGAGCACUUAUUAAGAAGAGAGUGGAAAUGAAAGGUUUUUGUACACCAAGUGUUUUUGUCUCUUACAUUGUAUUAUUACAUUUUGUGGUCAAGGCCUCAGGCUGUAGAACUUUUUUGAGUAAAAUAAUACUGACAGUUACUUGACAAACUCUUACAGAUCUAACACCUUAGUUACUUUAAGGCCAGUAUGAAUUAUACAGAUGGUGUAAACUGUAACUAAAAAACCAUGACAGAAGGGAGUUUGUCAAGCAAUAAGCAUCCAAUCAAUUGAAACCCUGAACACUGUGUUUAUCUGAGCCAUCUGGCUGUCCCAAUACAGAAGUGUUUGUGACCUCUACAAAGUACUGAUACUGUAAAUAUUGUAUAUGGGUUUUUCAUGUAGGCAGUAAAUGCAGCAUUACGAUAACUGCACUAUGUAUUAUAAACCUGUUAGAACCAAGGAAAACUCAAUAUGGUAAUAUUGAUUAUAAAAUACAUUUUUCUGCUGUAUUUUCAACUUUUUUUUUCUUUUCAGAAACCUUCCUUAUCGAGUGUCCAAAUUUAUAUUUUUAAUAUUUUGUAUCAUAUGUCAUUGAGAGUUGUGGCAACAUUUUUAUGUAUAACAUGUGGAGUGUGAUCUAAAGGUUCUGGGAACUGGCCUUUAAAAAUCAAAGCAGUGGCGACCCUGAAUGGUGAUCCUAAGGAUUGGUCAGAGGCCAGCUUGAAAUCUUUUAUGUUGUUGGUUUUUUCUUUGUUGUUUUUAUUGUUUUUUCUUUGUUUCUUUAAAAAGGUUUUCUGAACUUUUGAAUCACACCUCUGCACUGUACAAAUUUUGUAAUAACACAUUUUUUCAUGUGAAAAAUCAUAUUGACAUUUACACUGUAAUUUAUUUUUAUAACCCACUGUUGCCACUAGAUACAACAGGAACAAAAAGGUUUGCUUUUUUUUUUUUUUUUUUUUUUGAAGUGUUGGUAUGAUGAACUGAAUCAUAGCUUUGGUUUGUAAAUGUUAAUUGAAUGAUUUUAUUAAACAAUGUGCCAUUCUUUAAAUAUGAUCUAUAAUGAGAUAAUCAUAUGUUAAUAUGAUCAAUAUUAUUUAUGUAUUUCUUCAUGUCUUCCUAUUACUAUUUGGUUAAACUGACAUGAGAAUCAUUCCUUAGGAUUUACUGCAGCAAUGACCAGUGAGGUGACUGUGGUAAAAUCAUCAUUUACAGACAAACUUAAUAAAAUCUUAAUAAAUUCACAACUGUUUUGCCUUUUGAUUGUCACUACACAGAUCCAGAGGAGAGUCUGAAAAAGUAAAAAUGGCAGUUUUUCUGUGCCCUUGAAUGACAUGAGAACAUUUUAAUUUUCUGCUAAUGCUUUUAAGAAAAUAAAGGUUACCUUUAAUUCUU